UUUCCUUCUUUUUUUAAUCUUCAAUGGGCUCGAUCUUCUUUUGGUGUUUCGAUCGAUCGUUCGUGGUUGCCAGAGACCUUAUACACCCUUCUCGUCUUCGUUGCCGAGAUUUGUUUGUGGAUAUUUGCCCAAAGGAAAGUGGGAUUUCCAAACAGGAAGUCUAUCUUCUUCUCUUCAAGCCCUUACCUGUGAAUCGAGCCGGUUUUUCUGGAUUGUCUAUUGAUCCAGUGGCGUUUCGAGUUCCAAAAUGGGCAAGAAUCAGACCUACAAGGCGAUGCAGAGGGCGAGGCUGGGUUCGUCCUCUGCUGGGACGGAGAGCGUCGAAGACGGAAUGAUGGAUGGUUCAUUUCAUUCACCAGAGUGGCAUGCUGCUCGUUUAGCCAGCUUAAAAACAUCCCACACCAUAACAUGGGAAGAAUUCAAGAAGAAACAGAAGGAGGACGAAUUUAAAAGAGAUGAGCUUGAGGCUGACAAGGAUAGAAUGAUGAGAGAAUACAGAGCUCAGCUAGAUGCUGAAAGGGCUAGGAAGCUGGCCCUUGGAAGAAACCACUCUGCGAGCAAAUCACACCACAAAAGAGUCAGGAAGAGUAAAGAGUCAAAUAAGCAAAGUAGCCGGAAGAGAAAGCACAACAGGUCAUCUGAGUCAAGUUCCUCCAGUUCCUCUGAAUCCUUGAGCAGUGACGAUGAUUAUGAGAGUGGCUAUGGUGGGGAAUCAAGGAAGUCAAGGUUGAAGAAGAAAAGAAAGCACAGGUCGAGGACCAAACACUCAAGCAGCAGCAGCCGCGAUUGCGAAGCUAGUGGCGGGCCCGUAUGACUCUCCAAGUUCUUUAGAAUUGCAAAGGGAUAGGCCAGAAUGGUGUCCUCACACUCUGCCUCGAGGAUGACUGGUGGCAAAAUGUGAAUACGUUCGCCCCCAGCAUCUCCGUUAAUUCAUCCUAGGGCCAACACGGAGGAGGUAAAUCACAGGCGACUAUUAGCCUUUGGAAUAGUGACUAGCGGAGGCAUUUACCAAGAGGAUGACUCCUUUCUAAUCAAUGCGAAAUUGGUUACCAGUCUUACAUCACUAAACUUUGAAAUUGUGAUAUCAUUUGAGAUGCUACUAGGAAAAUGCUUUGCAUUUCUGUGCUUCAACAUCAAUUCCAGUGAUUUUCAUGAUUUGAGGUUAAUAUUAGAAUAUUUAUUUUCUUAA